AUGGAGCCCCCGCCUGACUCUCUUCUUUAUUAUCUCUCAGUUGGCCUCCCUGCCAUCCCAGUCCUGGGGGCUACCCCCUCUAAAAGCACAGCGAGUGCGGCAUAUAGCAUAAGAGAUAUUCGAGAAAUUGCCCCAUGGCCAGAGUUUAACUACUCGACCAUCCUCGACCGAUUUGGCCCACUCCUGAAUGACACCCAAAUCCCGCUUGACAAUUACAUGUCACCACCCCAUCCGAUCAAAAGUGAGAAGCACUUGCAAUCACACUUCAGUGCAUUGGUGAUGCCUCGUGUUCGGCGCGCGCUUCGUGCUGGCCUCGACCAGCCUACCCAAGAGCUGCCCCAGCAGAAAAUUGUUGCUAUGACUCUCACAGACGGAACGGCCGCCAAAACCAUCAAUCAAUUCGUUCCCGACACCGCGUUUGUCCCCGUGGGUAGCAACCCCUCAACUGCCAUCAACCGGGCACCGGGGGAUCUCAAAGUCUCCUGGAAAUGGAAGUACUCCAACUGGAACUCGGACGACAGAGUUUUGCGCUCAGAGUACUUGAAAACCAUGGCGCAGGUUAAUUUCCACAUGGCCCAACAUGGCGCUCGCCACGGUUUUAUUCUCACGGACACCGAAUUGGUUGCUAUCAAACGCUUGGAUACCAACGGUCGACUGGCGGUUGCUGAGCCAAUCCCAUGGACAAAUGGCGGGAUCGGUCAGCUUUCGGUGUUGUUGGGGCUAUGGUAUAUAGGCAUGCUGGCAGCAGAGGACACAUGGAGUCUGUCCUAA